AUGUCAACCUUUCCAAUUACCGCUAGGGUUGAAAACAAGAACCUUGUUAUCAGUUGGACAAACCAACCCAAUGUCCGAUAUUUGGAUAUACAGCUACAGCGGACUAUCAAAGACAAUGCUAAACCCUAUUAUACGAAGCGUGUAUCGUGUGAUGUUGACGCGCUGGUAUUGACGCCGGAAGAUUAUGCAGCUGGCCACACCGCCUAUGCUCUUGUACCCAGAUACGUUUUUGCAUAUCCGGUGCUCGCUCCGGCUUCUGUCGACGCUCACGUCGACUUCGAAUCAUAA